AUGCUUAAUCACGAACGUUUGGAUGUAUCAGUGUACUCACGAACUCAUUCAGAAAAGCGUGGAUCAUACUUUACAGAUGUGUUAAAGGGAUGCGCAAUGUGCUGUUACCUGCUGUGCCCACCAGUACCAGACGAGAUUACGAGGAAAUUGGCGUUUCAUCCUCCAAAAGGAACUUAUACCGCAUAUCUUCCAGACGAUCCCGAUGUUCAGAUAAAGAGCGCUUCAAAGGUAAGUGUGCUCCGCAUACUUCAAAACAUAUCAAACUUCUAA